UCCAAUAAUCCACCGCAGGCGAAUUGUUGAUUUUUGCAGUCAAAAUAGUUCACAAAUCGAGGUCCACCAAUGCCGAUUUACACGGGCUAUAAUAAAUGUAUAGGGUUUAAAUGCUGAAGACCUCGUCUAUAUUAUCCAGAUUCAUGUUCCCAAAAAACUAUUCACAAUAAUUAACUUAUUUAAGAAUAAUUAUGCGCAGGUCUCUCUGAAAUACCUGGUCAAGAUAAAAUAUGUAUGAAAAAUAAUGAAGCAAAACAUUAUUCACAAGUCACAAUAUUAAGCUUAUUAAAAGACUAUUUUUCAGUUUUCUCCUCGAGAUAGUGUGUCAAAGUUUUAUAAAUCAUUACAUUAAUUUAAAUAAAUUGAUAAAAAAAAAUUGGAAGGGGAAAGUGGGCGCCCGCAAGCAAACGUAUUUUAAGAGGAUGCUACCCAAGCGUUCGUUGUUUCCGUCUUAUCAACUUACGACAUAGAAAAUUUUCAUUCACUACUUUGAAUAGUGUGCCGUUAGUUUUGAUAUUAGAGUGAAUUUAAGUAUUAUCAAACUUUUAGGUAAGAACAUUAUCUAUGUUUAAGCGUCAGUGGAUUUUCGAUAUUUUCAUUUUAAAGCAAGAUACGAGUAUGUGAAAUAACACAAAUAAAAAAUGCUCAUAACUAGCUUGAAGCUUGAAAAUCCGCUGACGCUAUAGAAUAGAUAAUAUUCUUAACUAAAACUUUGAUAGGUAAAUUCACUCUAAUAUCAAAACUAACAGCACAAUAUUGAAACUAGUGGACAACAAUUUUCUAUGUCGUACGUGUGUAAGACAGAGACAACAAAUGAAUGGGUAGUGUCCACUUAAGGAGAAAAAAAAAGGUGAAGGCGGUUUGUCAGCCUACAAUGUUACUUAGUAAUAUUGUGAUAAGUAUGUAUAUAAUAUAAAAAUACACUCUAAAAGUUUUGAUCCGUUGCAGAAAAUGUCAAUAAAUCAAUGGAUGAAAAUGAUGAAUCAAAUGUUAGAACGAUUUGUAACAAGACUCAUGAUAAAGAGAAUGAGAUGAUAAUUCCAUCAUGUCCUGAGUCUAUAGAUAUGACAAGUAUUCAAGAUACAAAUAGGCAUUUUUUACAUAAAAUAAAAAGCUUAGAAGAAGAAAACGACCGUUUGCUAUCAAUAAUUGAAAACAAAAAUAUUAUAAAUAAUGAUAGUUUAAAAUCUAAUUGUAAUACCGUGCCAGAUUUUGCAAAUAAAAAAAUAUUACAGUUAACAGAUAGAGUACAUGAGCUUAUGUCGGAAUUACAACUAAUCAAAUCAUCAGCAUCUGAUGACUAUGCAAAAAACAAAGAUUUGACAGAAAUAAGACAGUUGACCGAUAAAUAUAAUUUGUUGAAUAAAAAGAUUUUCAAUUACCGUAACCAGAUAAUGCAAUUGAAAAAUGAUUUGAAAAUUACUCAAAAUGCAUUAUCUAAUGAAAUUGGAGACCCAGAGUUGAUGCAAACAGUUUUAUCAGGCACGGGAUCUUCAAAUUACAUAGGACGUGCACAAAAAAUAUUGGUGUUGCAGCAAAGAGUGAACGAACUGCAAGCGAAACAAAAUGAUUCAAAAAUAAAAGAACUGCAUAAUUCAUCUGUUAGCAACAGAAAAAUUGAGAAAGCACGUAAAGCAAUUAAUGACCAAAUAUUAAAAGAUACUCAAUCAAAGGUUAGUGAGUUGGCUAAAUCAGUGGAAAUUUGGAAAAGACGAAGUAAAGCAUUAGAUGUAGAAAUUACUGUUUUAAGAGUACAAAUACAAAAAUUAUUAUCGAAGUCUGAAUUUGAUAACCAACUCAUUGAUCAAUUAAAAGCCGACUUAAGUAAUAAUAAUAUGCAACGGUUUAAAACAAAAGACUCUGUAACAAAACUAGAAGAAACAAUUACACUGCUUCAGUCAAAAUAUGAAAAAGCAACAAAAAUAAUUGAACAACAAACAUCUGAUUUGAAUGAUAGAGAUAUGAGAAUAUCUCAUUUAGAAUCUAAAAUACUUAACAUUAAUGAAAAAAAUCAAGAUGGUAAUAUGUGUUCAAUAGAUUUUACAGAUCCUAAAGACAUUUUUAUACAGAAAUUGAAUGGAUUUGAAAACCAACAACUCAUGGACCUAUUAAUCAUGGCUCACAACAAAAUUUGUGAACACGUUCUAAAUGCUACUGAUUUUAAAAAUAAAUACUUAACGGAAAAACAAAAGUUACAAAAAUUUGAAUCAAAGAUGGGGUGCUUAAGUUCAUCAUUCAAGCAAAGAUCAAAUAGUAUUUCAUACCAUUUGAAACAUGAACUAAAUCCAAAUGAAAAACUAAUAGAAUUACAAAAUAAACUAGAACUGGUUGAAGAAGAGCGUGCUGCUUUUAAAGAAAGAUUGGAUACACUUAUAAUGUUGAAUAAAGAAAAUGUUCAUACAUUUACUCGAUCAUUAAACAAUAUGAAACAGCAGUUAAUACAUUAAAUGAAAUACUGAACUUGGAUUAUUUAUGUUUAAUAUAGUUCAUGCUUCUUUGUAUGGUUAAUCAUUUUUAAUAAAAUUCAAAAGAAAUACAAUUCUUUGAAAAAAAUGUGCCUGU